UCUAGAUACCAAUCACGUGAUGUGAGGAGCUGAGAUAUUAAUUAUAGCGGAAACUGCUGGGUUUUGUGGUUUUGUUCAUUAUAAACUUUUGUAGAUAAUUAAUUUGUUAUCAGAAUGAUUGAUGUCUGUCAAUGGAGAGCAAAUAUUGGACUUUGGAAUUACGGUCAAGCUCAAGCUGCCUCCAGUAGACCAGCUAAAUUUAAUGGGCUCCGCCACGGUUCACUGUCAGCAUUCAAAGCUGCAGUAGACAACAAAUCGGGCAGUACUACAUCAGGCUCGACAUCAGGAGACAUGGCUAAACUGCCAGUACCUCUGUCUCUUAAUACUUUCCUCCUCUUCCUCUCUCUCUAUUUAUCGAUACACAGUGACACCUUGAUGAUCCCUCCCGGUAACUGCGUGCAAUGUACUACUGGUGCACUUACUGAUACAAAUUACCUCCACUCAUCAUUAGUCUUACCUCGAGGCAGUACUUCUAUUCUGAUUUACAACGGUCUCUAUUAUUUGAUUGUUUGUCUAUGUAUGCUCCUCCUCUUAUCAGGAGACGUUGAAUGCAAUCCUGGUCCUACGAUUGAUGAUCGACCGGAGAUAUCGUUGCUAAUUCAAUGGCUUGAACCACUCGUGGAUUGGCAAUCAUUUGCUUGUUGCUUACCUGGAAUAACACAACAUGAUGUAUCAAUUAUCGAAGCUGAGAAUUCCACAGUGAAUGAUAGAAAAAGGAAGUUAUAUUCGAAAUGGGAUUCUGUUUAUUCUGAAGCAACUUGGAAGGAUGUCAUUACUGCAUUGAGGAUUAGAAGAGAAAAUACGCUUGCACAAAAUAUCAAAAAAAUGAUUGAAGCAUCAGUACCUAACAUUAGUAAUGGAGCUUUUGUGAGUACUAAACAAAAACAGGAAAUUAAGUUUAGCACAAAAGAAGAUGAAGAAGAAAUUUCACAUUCACUGAUAGAGCUCAAAAAGACAUUUACUGAUCUAGACAUGGAGGUACGAAUAGCUUUUGAUGAGAAAGAAGCCUCUGAUCCAAAGCUACUCAUUAAUAUAACGAGAUGGAUUGAAACUUACAUGAACUGGAGUGACAAACUAACAAAUGCAUCAUUAAAUGAAGCUUUCAAAAUUAUUCAUCCGUACUAUGAUUUCAUUGACUGCAACUUAAUAGUAGAUUUAAGUGAAAAAUUUUUGAGAGGUGUUACGUUUGGUGAAAAUGAGCUGAAUAUAGUGAACGAACUACAAAAUCACAAAAAAAAAGCCGACGCAUUUCGAUCUUCAAGUAAUGUAGCACUUCUUCACAAGUCAUUAAAAAACAUUUACCAAGAGCACAUUCCAGAUUUAGCUAAUAUGCCUCAUGUUAUUAUACACCUUCAUAAUCCAUGGUAUGGUAGUAAUCUAAACAGUUUAGGUCUUCUAAUUAAACAUUUGCUACCAGUAGGACUCGUACAAUCAUUAUUAAAACAUAUAACAAUUCUUAGUGGAUCAGUGGUAAUUAAAUACACAGUACUUGACUCUACAGCUGAUAAUCUAAUAGAAUAUACUGGAGGAAAGUUACAGUUUAUGCGUCUCAUUGGUAUAUUUAGUUUAUACAUUAACGACCAUCAUAUCCUUCGAGAUGAUGAAAAUAUGAACUUCACCUUUGACCUAGCUCUUUUUGAAGCAGUCAUAGCUGGUAAUAAUGAGGCAGUAGAGUUUCUUCUUCAACUAGAGACUGUUAAUAUUGAUCAUACUAAUGAAGAAGGCGAAACAGUUUUAAUGUUAGCUUGCGAAAGAGGACAUAAGGACAUUGUACACAGUUUACUGUUGGCUAGAGCUAGUGUUAACAUUCAAGACUAUAAUGGAUGGACUGCACUAAUCAUGGCAAGUGAAUAUAAUCACAUUUCAAUCAUUCACAUGUUACUACAAGCUAAUGCUAAUCCUCACCUGAAGACAUCAGAUGAAUCAAAUGCUUUAAUGAUUGCUAGUUAUCAUGGUAACAAAGAAGUUGUUGAACUAUUGAUUCAUAAAGGAGUUGAUUAUAAAUAUCAGCAAGAAGAUGGUUGGAAUGCUGUUAUGUUAGCUUGUGAAAAUGGCCACACUCAAAUAGUUGAACUGCUGUUGAAGAAACAAGUUGAUCCUAAUGUUCGAAACAAUGAUGGUUGGAAUACUUUUAUGUUGGCUUGUCAAAAAGGUCACACUCAAAUAGUUGAACUGUUGCUGAAGGAACAAGUUGAACCUAAUGUUCAAGAUGCUGGGAAUGCUUUUAUGUUGGCUUGUCGAAAUGAUAAUAUUGAAAUAAUUGAACUUUUACUUAAGGAACAAGUUGUGGACCCUAAUAUUCAAGACAGAAAAGGUAAUACUGCUUUAAUGAUUGCCAGUGCUAAAGGACAUUACGAAGUAGUUAAGUUAUUAUUAGAAUGGAAAGCUGAUCCAACUAUUAAAGCGAAUAAAGGCCACACUGCCUUAGAGGUUGCAAAAACAAUUGAAAUAUCUGUAUUACUCAAUAGAUACUUAAGAAAACAUAUAGAACCAAAAAAAUAUGCCACUAUCACAUCAUAUCAAUGCCAAAUAUGUGGUAAGUAUUUUGGAGGGCCAAUCUUUUCUUCGACUAUCUUAAAAUGUCUUGAAUGUCAACAAAAAGAAAAGGCUAAAGAAGAAUCAUUCAAAGCUAAGGCAGAAAAGGAAGAAAAAGAAGCUUUAUUUAGAAUCGAGGUUGCAAAAGCUAGGCAGGAAGACAUUCAAGAAGAUAUAGCCCAAUUAACAUAUCUUAUGGAAGGUAAACAAGAAAAAGAAACUGAAUUAGAGGCUCAAACAGAUAUGACUGAUGCUCUAAAAGCUACACAAGAAAUAAAAAGGGCAGAAAUAGACAAAAAGCUGCAACCAUUUAUAGGUGAAUUAGAAAAUGUGAAAAGGAUAAGGUAUCACGAAAAGAUGUGUGAUAUCAAAAAUUUUGAGCAGGAUGAAGACAGGGAAGUAAUGGGAAUUGAAGCUAAGAAGCUUGCAUUAGAAAAGGAUAUUAUGAGAGCUGAAAAGGAAGAGCCGUUGGAAUUAAAGGUUCGAUCAAAUGAAGAACUAGUUGCUUUUGAGGAACACAUGAAAAAGAAAUAUUUAGCAGUUACUCUAGUUGAAGAAGAAAGGAAAAGAAAAUUAAUAGAUCUAGAAGCUGAAAAAGCAGAAGAACCUGAUAUGGUGCUGAAAAUCAAACAUGAGUUGGCAAAAAAGCAACUUCAGUCAAAACUGGAGAAAGAAAAGGUCCUGCAUGAAGCAGAAAUAAGAAAGGAACAUGAUUUAUCAGCAGUAAUUAGAGCAAUGAAAGAAAAGAUUGCCCAAGUUGAAAAGGCCACAAUGCUAGAGAAAGAACUGCAACUAAAAAAGGAAUUAAUUACAGCAGAUAAUGCAAAAGCCAGGCUGGAACAGGAAAAAGAAAUACAGAUGGCAAAGGAGAUGUUGAAAAAGCAAGCAGAAAUAGAAUACAAGGAAAUAGAUGACAUUAAGAAAAAGGAAAUGGUUGGUAAAGAAAUUAUGAAAGUGAAGGCCAUAUCUCAGAAGCUUUUGGAUAUUGAAGCGAGUAGUACAGUUUGUCAAAUGGAAGACAAAAGAAUGUCCUAUAAGAUGAGAGAGGAGUUUCUUAGCCUAGAUAUUAGUUCUAAAGUUGAUAGUGGUAAUGAGGAAGAAGAUUCAGAGGAAUCACAGGAAAAGGAACCUGAAGCAAUUAAAUACGAGUUGCACUUUGAUCCAAAAUUUGAUGCCAUGUUCUAGUAUAGUACCUAUAAAACAUUGCACAUCCAUAUAGUUAAUUUAUAGUAUUGAGCUACUGGUACUUUUUAUUUGAAUUUAACAUGUUUUGUAUAAACUGUUUUAAUUUCAGCAUCCUUUUUGUCAGUCUUACCUGCAAGUAAUAUUAUAUUAUUUUUGAAUUUAAGUCUGACAUAAUCAGUAAAA